CCCCCUAGCAAUGAGUGCUGGUGCUGCCGGCAGCUAGCUCGGGUGCCAGGGCUCAGCAGCGCUCAUGCUCGGUUCCAAGUUGUUCUCAAACCAGUUCCUAUGUUGCUGCAUUCCUCUCUGUUAAGAUCUUAGCACCAUGUCCUUCCUGAGUAACUCGCCUUCUUACGGUUCGCACAGUGGCUUCGAAUACGAACUCCCUGCCGACAACCUCUUUCUGUUCGAGGUCGCCUGGGAAGUAGCGAAUAAAGUGGGUGGUAUCUACACUGUCAUCCAAACCAAAACUAAGUUGACAGUAGAUCAACAUGGAGAGAAUUAUAUUCUGAUUGGUCCAUACUUUGAGAACAGUGUCAAGACACAAGUGGAGCUGAUCGAACCACCAAACCCGGCCAUUAAACGCACUAUUGAUUGCAUGAACUCCAGAGGUUGCAAGGUCUAUUUUGGCAGGUGGCUGAUUGAUGGAAGCCCUUAUGUUGUGCUGUUAGACAUUGCUGCUUCUGGUUGGAGUCUGGAUCAGUGGAAGAACGAGCUGUGGGAUUCUUGCAAUAUUGGAAUUCCCUGGUUUGACAAGGAAGCUUGUGAUGCAGUGCUCUUUGGGUUUCUCACCACAUGGUUCCUGGGAGAAUUUGCAGCCCAGUGUGAGGGUGAGAACUUUCUCCUUGCUCAUUUCCAUGAAUGGCUGUCGGGAAUUGGCCUUGUUAUGAGUCGCAUUCGGAAACUACCUGUUGCAACAAUUUUUACAACCCAUGCUACAUUGUUGGGACGCUACCUCUGUGCUGGGAAUGUUGAUUUUUACAAUACCCUGAAACGUUUUGACGUUGACAAAGAAGCCGGUGCGAGGCAGAUUUACCAUCGAUACUGCAUGGAACGAGCCGCUGUUCACUGUGCUCAUGUGUUCACCACAGUAUCAGAGAUAACAGCCAUGGAGGCUGAACAUCUGCUGAAACGGAAACCAGAUGUGGUCACUCCCAAUGGACUCAACAUAAAGAAGUUCUCUGCUAUGCACGAGUUCCAGAACCUACAUGCACGCAGUAAAAGUCACAUCCAGGAGUUUGUCCGGGGGCAUUUCUAUGGAUGUCUGAACUUUGACCUCGAUAAGACCUUAUUCAUUUUCAUCGCAGGAAGAUACGAGUUCUCAAAUAAGGGUGCUGACAUAUUUCUGGAAGCCCUGGCUCGUCUAAAUUAUCUGCUCAAGGCAAACCGAAGUGAAGUAACCGUGGUUGCAUUUUUCAUCAUGCCUGCAAGGACCAAUAACUUCAAUGUGGAAACCCUCAAGGGACAAGCAGUACGAAAACAGCUUUGGGACACCGCCAAUGUGGUCAAAGAAAAGUUUGGCAAAAAGCUUUACGAGUCACUCUUGGAAGGUGAGAUGCCCAAUAUAAACUCAAUUUUGGAUCGGGAGGACUUCACUAUGAUGAAGAGAGCCAUAUAUGCUACUCAGCGCCGUUCACUGCCUCCUAUUUGUACACACAACAUGCUGGAUGAUUCCAAUGAUCUCGUUCUCAAGGCAGUCCGAAGAAUUGGGUUGUUUAAUAGCAAGAGUGACAGAGUCAAGGUCAUUUUUCAUCCAGAGUUCCUGUCGUCCACCAGCCCGUUGCUUCCUUUGGAUUAUGAAGAGUUUGUGCGUGGCUGCCACUUGGGUGUGUUUCCUUCAUAUUAUGAGCCAUGGGGAUACACUCCCGCGGAGUGCACAGUAAUGGGCAUCCCUAGCAUCACCACCAACCUCUCUGGUUUUGGGUGCUUUAUGCAGCAACAUAUUGCUGACCCGGCAGCAUACGGGAUUUACAUCCUUGAUCGGCGUUUUAGAUCUCUGGAUGACUCAUGCAAUCAACUGACCUCGUUCAUCUACAGCUUCUGUCAACAGUCUCGUCGACAGCGCAUCAUUCAGAGGAAUCGCACAGAGCGCCUCUCUGAUCUCCUGGACUGGAAGUACCUGGGAAGGUAUUAUGUACACGCAAGACAGUUGGCAUUAGCAAAGGCUUUCCCAGAUUCCUUUACGUCCUCACUCUGGGAGCCUGAGGUGAGUGAAGGUUUUUGCUACCCAAGGCCUGCCUCCAAACCACCAUCCCCUGCCACCUCCCUCCAUUCCAGCCCCUACCACAGUGAAACAGAGGAAGAUGAAGAGCGAUACAAUGAAGAGGAAGAGGCUGAGAAAGACCGAAUGAACAUAAAACCAAUUGCUAUGAUCAAUUCAAAAUUAGAGAAGAGAAGGGUGAAGAAGAAGAGCCAGGCCAGUGAGCCUAGAUCCCCGGGAAGCCUUAGUCACAGCUCGAGCGAUCCUGAAAACCAUAGUGACUUGGGGAUAGAGGAAAGAAACUAGAGCCACGUGAGAAAUUAUUAAUGAUGACCACUGGGCUGCCAUAUUUUGCCAACUCCAAAACUGGUUGGAAUGAAUGGGGAGGUUAAGAAUUUAAACAGGUGAUGGGAUCGUGACUUUGUUUUAAUGUCUGUUUUUGGCUAGAAUGGAAAGAUUAUCUAAAACCAUAAUAACCUCCAAUGACAAAUGCUUCCAAAUCAUGAGACACAAAAGUAAAUACAGACAAAACGGCACUUUUGAAGUCUGGUCUUAAGUUUGAAACGAUUCUCCAGAAAUUUCUAUAUGCCUAUCCAAAAACAAGAUGAGUGGCAACCCAAAAUAGUCAGAUCAAUUUAGAGAUUAUGUACCCAGAGUGACUUAGUUAGACUGAACAAAAUCUGCACGAAUGCCAUUGUUGCAUGUUUUUCUGUAUAAAUUAACAUGUCAUCAUGUUUCUUAUACCUGUUCACAGUAGAUGGUACAUUUAAAGUAGAUACUCGAGCAUCCAGAACAGAACCUUUGGAAUGCUCCUAGUUGCACAUUUGUAACGAGUUCAAAAUAUUGCACAUUAAAAAACAUGUAAUUUGGUUUAGGUUAGUCAGCUGAACUCCAAUUUUAAAUACACCAACUCAGAAGCCUCUUAGUUAAUAACUCUCUCUCAGAAUGCACCCACUCUCAUUUUAAGGGCAAGAGUUAUACAUUAUCACAAUCAGAUUGAAAAUUGCAAAAUCACUUUGAUUGUUAAAUAUGUAUUUUAUGAAUUUUAAAUAAACUGUGUUCCUUGUUUUCAUAUUUUAAUAUAGUAAAUGGGGGGGAACAUUUAGUAGGCACCUUUGUUCAAAAUUUUCCAUUUUAUUGAGGAAACGAAAUAACUCACAAAGAAGUUGUGUAUGUGGGUUUUUUUUGUAUGAGCAGGCAGGAAGCAAAUGAGGUUGGCCAUGCCUCCCUGCUGACUCCUCUAUGACAUCUCCAGUCUGGAGCAACUCCAACGGGUAUGGUUGGGGCUGUAAUGUUGGACUGUUCCGAGGGUCUUUCUGGCAAUGCCCAACCCUGAAAAUGUUUCCCCUUCCCCUCACCCGCAUUAUAAAAUAACUGACCAGCACAUAUAUUUGUAACUUUGAAGAAUUGUCGCUUGGACACAGUCUUGGAUGGCAUUAAUGCCUGUGGAGCAGUACAGAAAACUGGAUGAUAGAAAGUUUUCUGAAUAGGAUAUGUUACUUUACGGAGAAAAAUUGAACCUUUGGCUCCUUUUAGAGAAAAAAGAAUGAUUGUUUAAUAAACUUUAGAACCCUAAAAUUUCCACUAUGAACACCCAGUGAACUUGAUGACAGCUUUCACUCCUCUCUGCUUCUGCAGUUUCUUGUAACUGCCGCUGCUGUUCAGUUUGGGUGUGUUUUCUCUGUUGAAAGUAAACUUGGAAAAUUGUAAUGCUUUAGUAUAUUUUAAGUGACAGUGCUGGAUGAAGCAGUGUGCAAAUAGGUAUUUUAAAAGCAUGCAAAUAAAACAAAUUACUUUUUUA